CACUAAAAUAUUCCAAAGCAAAGCAACGAACAUAACGGAUAAGUGUUAUCCUCAUCUAGUCAUCUUCACCCUCUAACUCACCGAGAAAGAAAAGUAAAGAGAGUUUGGUGUCACUAUGAACAUUGCCAUUCAUAAUUACCGUCACUCAAAAUUCAUCGUAAAUCCUCACAUAGACAAGACUUUUGCAAGGACUCGACAGGCAAGAUCAAAUAAUAUUACAUUCAUGACAAGUACUCAUGGAAGAAGAAGAACGAUGGGACUUUGUUUGGUAAGAGCAAGUGCCGAGACCGGAGAAGAAGAAUCCGACGAUCAAAACAAGCCUGAGAGAAGAAGUUUCUUGAGCUUAGCAGAAGCUGGUCUAGUCGAAAUCUCAGGCCUUGGUGCACACGAGAAGUUUCUCUGUCGACUAACGAUAUCAUCAUUGAAUUUGCUAAGAGUGAUAUCAGAGCAAGAAGGAUGUUCAAUAGAAGAGUUGAAUGCUGGCAAAAUAUGUGAUUGGUUCCUUAAGGACAAGCUGAAGAGAGAGCAUAACAUUGAAUCUGCUGUUCUUCAAUGGGAUGAUCCCGAUUUUCCUUUUUAAAUAUCCUUAUUUUUUACAUUCAAGCCACACAAAAGUAUGAUCAUUAACAAGGUGAAUAUGUAUCGUAAGUCUUAAUUAGUCUAUUGUGGUCUGACUAGGAAAAUAUAAACCUUUUGUUAAGUCCUACAAUAAAACGUAUUCAACAAUUCCAAAUAUUAUCCAUGACUGAAAUACAUAAAGAAAAGGUUUAAAUUUUAUCUAGAAACCAGGAAAAAAGACAACAGUAAACAAACAAUUAAAAAAGAA